AUGGGGCCCCCGGGCAAUAGGGGAUCAUGGGGCCCCUGUGUCCUAUCCCAAACAAAAAAGCCUAUGAAAAAGGUACCAGGGGCAUCUCAUGGAGCCCUCUACUGACCCCGAGUUUCCAAAUGAAACCAUCGAUCCCGCUGCUGGGCAUAGAGAUGAGUGAAGGAAAUAUGGCCACCACCGGGGCGGACUGACAACUCAUGGGGCCCCCGGGCAAUAGGGGAUCAUGGGGCCCCUGUGUUCUUGCCCAAACUCAAAAAAGCCUAUGAAAAAGGUACCAGGGGCAUCUCAUGGGGCCCCCUACUGACCCCGGGCCCUCGGUGCUCGAGUUUCCAAAUGGUCAGUCCGCCCCUGGCCGCCACUCACCUGUAUG